UUUCGCUUGCAACUCCGGGUAUACACUACCUUCAAAUAAAUAAUUUAGUAAAGCAUUCAGAUCUCUUUGUUAAAACUGCACCACUUAAGAAAUCUAACAGUGUUAAUAUUCUCAAAUCGUGUCCCAUCAAAGGUCAAAUCGUAUAUCCUAAUGAUUCAGUGUAUAAACAAGAUAUUACGGACUCUGAAAUUCAAUCAGUUUUCGAUACAAUUAAAGAACUUGGUUCCACAUUAACAGAUGAUAUAACAUUUGAUAUGCUUUUGGAUUCAUCAACUUUAGAACUUCAAGGAGUUUAUCAAGGAACAAAAGAGAAUGCACAAAAAGAUAUGGAAAAAUUUAUUUCAUUAACAAAACCAACUUCAAAAAAUUUUUAUGAAGAAUCACUUUUCAAAAGUGUU